CCUUCGAUCAACCCAUGAAAAAAAUUAGGGUAAAUCAUAAUUAUCGGCGUCCUUUUGCCUCCAAUGAUGAAGAAACUCUCAUGGAGUCUAUCAUUCUUUCUCGUUGUUGCCUGUGCCAGCAUUUUGUGGUGUCAAAGCGUGAAUCCAAGCGUAGAUUCGUCAAGCACGAACUUUUCUUUGGGGUAAAUUAUUUGUGAUGUGUACCUGUUGUUAUGUUUAUACGGGUCACUUAUUUCUUCAUGUCACUCAGUUUCUGCAGCUUUUGUUGGUGUUUAACAGCUCCUUGUAUCUUUAUUGAGCAGAGAAAAUGCUACAAACGCUGGCGAAGUCAGAAACGUUACAACAAUGCCACCAGCUACCACUACGGAAAUCCCCCCAACAACAGAGGUCCCAGGAGAGGAAAAACCCGAAUCUCCAGAGGUGGAACAGCAAGGUUCCAUGACUAUAUUUUUCAUCCUGCUGGUUGUAGGUAUGCUGCUUUCUGUGUCUAGGUUACUCAGCAAUGUGAAACUUUGUUAUCUCCAGCUUACAUAUUCAUGGAUAGACCUUAGUUUAUUUAUUUUAACCCAUUCGCACCUGAGCCGCCCUUAACCGCCCUUGCGAAUCCACGUCUUUUCUACCGCUUAUUUAAAUGGUCAAGGACAACUUUGUCCAAAAAACUUGUGCAGAGUAUGUAAAGAGAUCUUUCAAACCACACCAGAAUGAGCACAAUUCAUUCAAGGACACCGGAGCGAGAAAAAGGCAAAAUAACCAUGUAACAUUGACCUGAACACUACCCUCCUACCUCUCCUUUCAUCUCAUCCUAAGAUCCUUAAAGCUUUCCUAAAAACGUUUCCCCCCAAAAUGAAGCCUACUAGAUGCCCAGCAAGAGAAAAACAACAUGAGGCAAGAAAAGCGAAAAAAAGGGGAGGAGAGAAAGCGAAAAGUAAAAGUCAAGACUGCUGUUUCACUUUUAAACUCAAAAACUGCCUCAAAAUUUUGCUUUCUGCGCAUGCCAUCAGAAGGCCGUGAAUUGUACGACCUGUAAACAGCUUUGUGGUGAGUCGUAGCUCUUCAUAGCACAACAGGACCAGAAAACCACUCAACUAGCUUUAAAACACGUUUUUCGGUAAAAUCUCCAGGGGCGAAUGGGUUAAUUCAUUUAAAAAUGGCUAGCUCCAUUAGCCGGCAAGAUGAAAUGAUUCCUGCAUUCUUAUUGGCUACUCAAGGGGGCAAGAUGGACUUGGGAUGGCCCUCUUCUUCCUCGCAAGAAAAUGUUAAUCUCUGUUUUUGGCCAUAUAAUAAAUCUUGUAUCAACCAUGCUUGUUUGUUCAAGAUGGCUGGAUACUGACCUCACCUUUGGUCGACAAUAGCGCAUAUGUAUUGAUAAGCUGCUCCAAGGGCAGGGUGCAAAGAAAUUCAUUUUUACAGCUUGCCAUUCUGGCAAGCUGAAGCUAGCAUUUACUAGCCCGAACGUCAUUUCAACUAGCCCCCCCAAAUUUUUUGAUGAGCAGAAUUGAUUUCACAGUUCUUCUGUAAGUUGAAUUCCUCAAAAUACUUCACUUGCCCGUCGGGCAAGGUAAGAACAGAAUUCACUAGCCUGAUAACAAAAUCCACUAGCCCCGUGUUAUCGGACACUACUUUCUUUGCACGCUGAAUUAUUGUUCAUACCAUUUGACCAAAACACCUAAGUGGGUUGUCUAGUGGCAUAAUGGUACUCACAAUUUAUUGUAUGUAUGUCAUGCCAUAAAGUAAAUUAUACUACUAUGUGAAAAAUGUCUUCAAUUUGUUUGGCUCAGAGCAGUGGUAUUUUAGUUUACUUUGAAAUACCUACAUAUGAAAAUUACAAACCUCUUUUGAUAUUUCAAAAUUGUCUCAAAUUUCACUCGCCUAACAGCUCAUGAAAUUAUGUGUAACAAUUUCAAAAUAUCACGCGUGGUAUAUAUGCUAAAUAUCACUACAAAUCAUGCUAUUACCUAUACUAAUAUCAUUUUGCCAUGUGUCUGUUCAGUUAUGGAUGAAAACGACAUACAGUUAAACCUCCCGUGAGUGACCACCUGAAGUACAAAGAGUUAAUGGAGGUGAUCGCUCACUAGAGUCAAACUUUUACCAGAAGAGUUUUGGACGCAGUUACUUUUUGAAGAGAAACAAGAGAACAUAAUGAGAGAAUGUAUUGUAUGAAAUUACUAGGUUACAAUAUAAGAGUACAUUGCAAAUCCAUGUUGUUCCUAAAAGUUCUUUUCCAACUCUGAGUAGUAUAGUCCAUACAGUGAUCAUAGAGAUCAGUUCAUUAUAUCACUGAGGUGGUUGCUUAGAAGAGUAAGACCAAUGGAAAGUUCUAAAACCACCGUCUUUGAAAGUGGUUGCAGUCAAGGCUUUUGGCUGGAUUUUGUUGUUUUCGAUAAGUGAUCACUUAUUAGAUUUGGUCCCUUAUGAAAGGUUGUCGCACAUGGAGGGUUAACUGUAUGUUCUCACUAAUUUUUGACAUCUAUUGUCCGACUGUCCAACCAUCUCGAUUUUGUCGGGACUCUCCUGAUCUUGCUUCAAAACUAAUCCCGAAUCGCUGACCAAUCUGGAAUCAGGAUAGGAAAAAUCCUGAUUUUUUCACAUAUGUUCUGAUAUUUUCAAAUGAAUUCUUAUGAUACUUAUAGUAAAACUCCUAACGGAGUAAAUUUCACUGAAACUGAUGUCCAGAAAACUGCCAAAAAGACAACAUAAAACCAAGUUCUUGUAAGCAAAGCCACGCAAAUAAAAAUAAGCAUAAAAAGGAAAAAGAUUUAGGGAUCAAUUCAUAGACAAAAAUUGUCCUCUAGCUCUCAGAACACUAGAAAUGGUGUUUCAGAGCAUCAAGAUUUCAAACUUUUCCUGAGGAAAAUGCACCCAGAUCCCCUUGGUGGCUCACCCCUUUGGUGCUUGCAUGAUUCCUCAGUGAUUUAAAAAUACCCCGAUUUUACAUAAUUAAAAGGUUGGACAGUCUGUAUUGUUGUUGUUGUUUGUUGGGACAAGUACGUGUAAAUGUAGUUUGUAAUUUGAUGGCACCCUUAGGGGAUCUCAGAGUUUUCAGAAACCACCUCACUCAUCUGUCUUUUUCAUUUCAGCUCUUUGUAUCUUAUUGAUUCACUUUCUGCUGAAGACUAAAUUCCAUUACCUUCCUGAGAGUGUAGCAGUUGUAUUUUUAGGUAGGUUCUAUUAACAUUUAUGCAAGGGGGUGUUUAUAUGAGAAAACUCGCACCGGCCUGAGUUUCAUACCGGGAUGACUUUUUGAUUUUGUAUUGUGUUUACUGUUAUUUUCUCUCCUUUAAGACCAACAUUUGCAUGAUAAACUUGUCAUGGUCUAUGGCUCUUGACCAAUCAGCUUGCGAAGAAUCGCUCAGUUAUUGUAAAAAAUGUUAUAGUUGGAGCAUCAAGCAUAGUGGCCCAUUUUUUUCAGCAUAAAGAGAAUGGUGAUGAAAAAAAAAUCCAUAACUGUAUUGAGAAAUUUUUACUUUUAAGUGCUUUUAGUGAGGAUUAACGUAUUCUAAAAGGCUUGAUUGCUACUUUGAUGUCUUGUUGCACCAUUGCAUCAUUCUGUUAGGGUUCUAAGACUGGUCAAUUGUCUAUCCAUCUUGGCUGCCAGUUUGAAAUUUACAACUGAUGCAAUAAAAUGUUGUAUUUAUGUCUGUGGGGAUGGAAAAGGUCAUGAAAUACAGCCAAGAUCAGUUGAGCAUAAUUACACUUUUCGAGCAUAAUUUUAGGCAUAAUGCUGUUGUUUUGAGGGUGAUGCUCAAAAGUAUAGAUGUAAUGCUCAAAUGAUUUUCGAAUGUAAUGUAUCUAACCCUACUGUAGUGUGUUUAAUAGUGUAACCUAAAUGGUAUUGUGUUGAUUUACAGUUUUCUUCUCUUUUUUUCAGGAGCAUUAGUUGGUUUGAUCAUAAAAGCAUUGAGCCACUUUGCCCUUGGAGACUGGCGGGUUGGUAUCAGUUAUUGUCUGCUAUCCCUUUAAGCCCCAGCAUCAACAUGCAUCUUCUCCACACUGUUCUUUAUACAUUCCUUAUGGUAUUGCUUGAAACAAUUUGUUCUAACAUCACAACAUUUCAUCUUUGGUGAUCAUUUCAUUAAUUCUCAUGACCUGUUUGUUUAAACAGGCAGUGUUAUUGUUGGGAGAAACUGGAUGGGGGUCACUAUUGGGGCUUAAAGGGAUUAUACAAGAAUUUUAGUUUUAUCAGCUGAUUUGAUAUCAAAAUGAAAUAAAUUUACCUCCAUAAAAAGAGGCAAAAGUUCCAAAAUGGACCGUGAUAGGGGCUACCACCUUCCCCCAAUUUAUGGAACAAUUUUGCAGCCUCAUCAAAACGAGGCUGCGGAUGUUGAAGAAUAUUUUUGUCCGCAAGCUAAUCUCUUGUUUUCCCUACAUCAUGCAAGAAUUUGUCACUUGAUUUAAGUCUAGUCUUUUGCUUGAUCGGUGUGAAAUAUACUAAUGUUGUUCAUUAAAAUGUAGUGUUAUUUCUGUUUCUAUUUGUAGAAAGAGGAACAUUUUAAUCCUACUGCCUUCUUUCUUAUCUUGCUGCCACCAAUAAUUUUUGAUUCAGGAUAUUCCCUCCACAAGGUGAGAGCAGAGCAGCAGAAUAGGUUGUAACUUUUCCAUUUUCAAACUAAAACCAGUGGCAGCCAGUGGUUGCAUACUUGGGCCGUGAAUGUAAGGCUGACGUCGGUACAGUCAAACCGCUGUGAUAAGGAACACUGAGGAGGGCUAGUAACUUUUUACAUGAGGAAGUGACCAUUUUAAAAUGUACACAACAUUUAAAGGCGUUCUUUCCCCAGAAACAAAGCAAACUGUCUGUAAUAAUGAGGUUUCCACAUUAAUCAGGUGUUCAUGAAGCAGGGUUUGACUAAAAAGAGCAGGCGUUUUCAGAGAAGAUGUAUUUAUGUGUAUAAGUGUUUCAAUGGACUUGUUGUGCAUGAUUUUGACAGUAAACCACAGGAUAUCAUCCAAUGUUUUAAAGCUACAAAUACCUUACACUGUACACGUGCAGGGGAAGGACUACUUUCAGGAAUGUUUGGAUGUGCAUGUGUCACCACUUGGACUCUUUACAUGUUGUUCAGCUAUACUCAAAUUCUCUCCCUAUCCUAGAGUUGCUUUGUUUCAGAAGCUAUUCUGGCCACCUACACUGUCCAGCCAAAAAAAAGCUUACUGAGCUGUUGGUAAAAUAAGAUUUGUUGAUUUCUUUAUUUUAGUGUCAAUUCCCAGGUUCCCUAGUCCAGACUAAAAUCUUCAACAAGUUGAUCAAUUUCCAGGAAAAUGAUCCCAAUUCUAGUUCCAAACUCUCUAUACCUUAUCUCGCACUAAACUGUUUGAAAUACCCUUGACAGCAGCGCAUACAUGUACCUAUGUAGCGUAUUAAAAAAGGUGUUGCGCUCCCGCAGGUGUUGUUACUGUAAAGUUAUGGAUUUGUAUGUUGGAUACCGUUUUGGAUUCUAAGUUUAUGCAUUUUUUUUACUUUGCAGGGCAAUUUCUUUGCCAACAUAGGAUCCAUAGUAGUAUUUGCUGUGUUUGGUACAGCUGUGUCUGCAAUCGUUAUAGGUGGUGGUAUUUAUUUAUUGGGAAAGGUAAGGUUAUAGUGUUGUAUAAAACAAGUGCUGGAAAUCGCCGUAUGUAGGACAUCGGACCUUCUGAAAAUGUCUGACAAAUAACAGCAACAACAACAAUCUUUAAUUUUCCUUGCAUUUAAAGACUAUCUAUUUUAAUGAAACUCACAAACGUCAAAAACAUCCAUGUAUUCGUCCUAAUAUGCAUGUAUUUCUGAACCAAUUUUUGUACAUGUAUGUCACUAUAACUGCCUUUCUGCAAAAAUGCCUCGAUGUGAGAAGUCUGUGGCAAAGUCAUGCAUUUUUUGUGUGUGUUUUCAGUUUUUGCCUUCAUUUUUACAGUGGGAACAAAAGCAGUUGAUUGGCGAGUUUUUAAAUUUUACAUUGCAUCCAAACAUGAAAGUCAACGUCUCUUUUCAACCAGCGGGUUACGUGAACAUAUAUGUUGAUGUUUGGGCAGUUAAUGUUUCAUAAUGAAUUUUCCUUAGGUUGAAAUAAAAAAAUAAUCUUGAUCAUAACUUAUGCUAUUAGACAGAAGAGCAUUUACUGGGCAGGGGCAUAACCAGCUUUUCGGCUGGUUGUAGGCCUGGCUGUCUUUCAUUUCCACAUAUCCUAAAAAUUUGACUACAUGUACAUUUUGUAGUACGCACUGACCUCACCAACACUUUGAGCUCUUAAGCUUUUUAGCUCACCCCAACAACGCAUAAUUUUUUUUCACCAGGGUGGUGUCGCAUUUCAGCUUGAUUUAAGAGAGAGGUAAGAAACUUUAUCUACAAUCCCAGACAAUAUAGUUUUGGUCAGUUUUCCCCGCCUUUCCCUUCCCAAAGUUGAAAAUCGCCCAAGCUUUCCCAAACUGCGCUUUUUAACAACAAGGCAAGGGGGUAAGGGGACUGCACUGUGCUGCUAAAAAAAAUUGGAACUGUCCAUUUUAUUAUUUUUUUUUACCAGGGUUGUAGCAUCCCUAAAGGUAAUGUUACACAGGACAAUUCUUAACAAUGAUUUUUAGCGCAAUGAUGUUGCGUGAUGUUGCGUGCAUGGACAUUUUCUUUGCAAUUUUUAUGUUGAAAGUUUUUGAACAGACAUCAAAGAUUUCAGAUGCCAAAUCAUAAAUUCCACCCAAGUUGUUUUGUGGAUGCGUGUGUCAUAAAUGUUCUGUGCAACGCCCUUUGAGAACCCUUUUUACUUCCUCUGUUGCACUAAGAAUUGUCCCAUAUAUACCUCUUAUUAGCCAAGUUUUCGGUUCGUACUGUAAAUUAUGGACCAAGUUUUUUGCCAUCGAUUUAUGGCCCAAGCAUAAAGCUUGCAGCCCAUACAUCAAUGGAAAAAAGUUUAAAAGUUUAUUCGGUCAAAACUUGGAGCACUGUAAGUAUUUGCUUGCCAAUGUGAUGCUGGAGUCUUUUGAAAACUAGACAUUGUGUCUGGCUCGAAGUUGCUUCCAUCUUUCUUUCAUUGGUCAUUUGUCUUUGAAAAAAACACUGAAAGUGGCCGAGGAGCUUGUCAAGAUAAUCGGGUGCAGAUAUGUUUGCAGGAAUGUUUGUUCGUAUUUGUCGAACGAAUUGCUCAUUUUCUCUUAGGCAAAACACUGCCGUUGAUUUUUGUCUUCUAAACUUUGUACUGCAAGAAAAUUUUCAAACACUGACUAGAAUCUUCUUCUUCGAUAAGAUUUCGAUUCAGUUUCUUCAUUGCCUUCGCUCAUAAAUAUUUCACUGUUACAAUGUUGAAGAACAAAGUCAACACCCAAGUUCUCAUGGUUGACAGACACCUUAUAACUUUCUUUAAACCUUUUUUUAGAGAUAUCAAGAUUUAGAGCUGUGAAAUGAGCGUUUACUUUUGAGAUUAUGGUCCGCAUUGCUAAUUACGGACCGCAAAUUGACCAAUCGCAUGGCGAAAACAGACUUAGCCAUAUAAUAAAACAUGUUACGUACAGAUUUUACACGCACAUUUGUGUUGCUAGUUUUUUUAUAAAUUGUCCUGCGUAACAUCUCCUUAAACUUUAAUGCCAUUUUGCAACACUGACAGGAGCUGGAAAUUACCAUUGAGAAUUGUCGUGCGUAACAUCAUCUUAACCUCUUGCAGAAACAUGAUUAGUUGUCUUUAUUAAACAAGCGAAAGAAGGGAUGACAAGCUGGUUGAACAGGGUUAAUAGUAAGUGACUUUUUGCUUACUAUAUUGUUUUUUUUUUCCUUCACAGUUUUGCAUUUGGUUCUCUGAUCUCUGCAGUAGAUCCUGUAGCAACUCUCGCCAUCUUCCAUGCCUUAGAUGUGGAUCCAACUCUCAACAUGUUGGUUUUUGGUGAAAGUAUUCUCAAUGACGCAGUCUCCAUCGUCAUGACUAAGUAAGAUUUGCAGGCGAGGGAACAUACACGUUAUUCCGAAAUUGGUGCAAAUUAGAAAGAAAACAAACAGAAAGAAAAGAAAAAAACUUGCACUCACACAACUCUAAUGUACACCAGCAUAAUUUUUAUAGAAAGUUUGUAGGUUGGCAUGUAGAGAUGGGCCAAGCAAGGGCAGACACCCGAGAAGAAAAAAAAAAUAAGAGACAGCACUAAUUUCAUUUCUGUAUUAAUAAUGGUAAUUGAACUGAGUGGAGUGCAGUUUGGUCUGAAAUCAUACGCGUGAUUUCAAAAUCGAACGAGCGCACAGCGCGAGUUCGAUUUGAAAUCACAAGUAUGAUUUGAGACCAAAAUUGCACGACACGAAGUUCAAUUACCACUUUAUUACAUCCAUUUUGAAAUCGCAGAAUUUAGUCAGUACUAAUAUUUUAUUGAUCAAGUAGCCGGUUUGUUAAAAAGCUGAAACAAAAAGGCUUUUACAUCUCAUUUUGUAUUCGAAACAGAAAUGAUGCGAUAUAUAGAACAAAAAUGGUGCGAUUUAAAACAGAAAUGAUGCGAUUUAGAACAUGAAUGACGCGAUUUGGAACAGAUGCGAUUUAGAGCAAAAAAUGGUGCGAUUUAGGACUAAAUCACACUGCUGAGAGCCAAUCAGAUUGCACGGAUAGCCAGUGAUUUCAAAGUGGAUGUAAUAAAACCAUUAAUAGUGUUAUUGAACAAUUUUUUUUUCUUUUUCAUAGUACUAUUCUUGAAAUGGGAUCUGAGCAGUACGCAGACAGCAGUUCUUUUGAGACAUUUUUUUCUGCUGUGGGGAAUUUUUUAGUCAUGUUCUCAGCUUCAGCUGCGAUUGGCAUUGCAUUUGCUUUGAUAAGUGCAUUGAUAUCCUUUAAUGAAAUGGUGUUUUUUAAAACAUUAAUUAACAUACUGAUGCUCUAGAAUGUCAAUUUGACUCGGAUUAAUGUUGUGUGAGGCCUGGUGUAAUGGAUAUUUUGUAAUUAUUACAAAAUAAUUUGUGGCAACAGAUUUAAUUGUUUGCUUAGGAAAAUGUGCUAGUUCUGACUUCUUAUGUUUUACCUGGGAACAUUACACAUUGUUGCAUUCUCACUCAAUUAAUUAUGUUUUAUUGUACACUAGAAGGCCAGAAGGUUUUGGUAUUUUUGUUUAAUAAUAUUAUACUUUUCUGUUGUUGCUGUCCUUCAGCUUCAGAGUUAACUGAAGUCCAAAUCAUAACCAGAUGUUUAUGUUUCGAGCAUAUUUUUCUUAACUGAAUUUACCUUCUGAAGCAUGUUGAUUUACGUAGCACUCCUUCUCUAGAACUUGGUACCAUGUUGAUAUUUUCAUAUGCUCCUUAUGGUCUAGCAGAAGGUUUGAAGUUAUCUGGUAAGUGUGCUAGACUGUACAUUUUACUUUACUUUCAUGUUUUUUUGGAAGCAAAAUUAAACAAGCAAAAUUAAACAGAUUCACAGAAAAAUGGAAUCUUAAGUAGUACACAGAAAUGAGAAAUAACCGUAUUACCUAAUUCUUAAUGAUCUUUUUUUUAACUUUUAACAACACUGUAGUAUUUUCCAUGUCAGCUUGUCACAAGCCUUCAAGCAGCUUUACUCUUUUUUUAUAACACGGAUCAUGUUUAAAGGGAUAUCUCACAGCUGUCCAGUUUGUUUUGUUAAUAUUGUCAAUUAAGUGUCCUUAUUUGCUGUAGAACUUAAUGUUAGCAAAGAAAUUACUUGUAAAUGGCAAAAUCAUAACUUCUUGUCAAACAUAUUGUUGAGUUGUCUUUCUUCAAGUUCCUGGUGUCUUCUUUUCAACAGCAGUUCUAGAUCGCACAAAAUUCGGCUUCAAUCGAUUUCAAAAGUUUUGUGUAUUGUUGUCAUAGUGAUAUAGACUUUACGUAAAACUAAAUUUUGAGAAACUUCAAUCCAAAGUCAGUCAGUGGUGGAAAUUUUAUAGCAAUUGGACAAGGAUAAAAUCACUUUCUACGUGAUGGAAAAAUCUUGGUAUGCUCUACAAAAAACUGUAUCUAAACACCUUAAUUUAUUGUUGGUCAUGUGAGUCAAUUGCUAGUGAUAAUCCUAUUUUGAUACCCAGUGGACGUUAAAAGAUUCUCUUUUACAAAAGCCUAGUGAUUGAUUCGUAAUAUUUACAUGUACCCAUUGCAGGUAUAAUGGCUAUUUUGUUUUGUGGCAUUGUAAUGUCACACUACACUCACUUCAAUCUAUCACCAAUGACUCAAAUUACAGUACAGAGUAUAUUCCGCACAACAGCCUUCAUGGCAGGUACGUUUGUUUGUUUGUUUUCUUUUCUAUUAGCAGUUAACUCCAAGUUUUUAUUCUGUUCUUUAGUUGUCAGUAAUAACUGUAUCUCUAAAUGGAUUGUUCCGUGCUUGGAGUAUCCAGGGGCUUGAUCCACUUUUGGCAGCCAACCCCUAGAUUGAACAAUGCUCGCAUGACUGGCACAACAGUGCAACCCAGCUAUGAGCCUCCGCAAAGUCACCUGUCAUAUGUCCAGAACAAGGCUCCUGCCUAAGAAAAUAUUUUAAUAUUUUAAAAUAAAAAGUUAGGAGCUGGAGCCACAUUUCUAGGAGCCCAUUGAUCGAUAAACUUAAAUAAGUAAGCAGAUGCUCGAAACUCGAUUUGUUGGAGUUUCGAGUGUCCAGAAAAGUGCUUGUUUGUUUACUCUUACCAGCUGAAAUUUUUUGCCUACAGUCGACGAACACACAUUUGACGUUUUCAUUUCAAAAGCGCAUAAUGAGCAGGGAAUUCUGUCGUUCGUUCAUUGGAAGUAGCAUAGAGGCUAUUGCCAUAAGAAUCAUAAGUUAAGGUCCCUGUGUGCGCUCGUUGUUUAAAAUUUUAGUCAGCCAUGAGCAAGAGCCUCUGGUGACCGGGCGACCAUUAGGCAGCAGCCUUGCAAAUUAUCAGUGGAGAAGCCAAGGGGAAGGGAGAGGGGAAGUGGGGAAAGAAAACGGGCUGAAUAAACCUCUCCUAAGUGCUCCUUGGUGGAAAGAAGAAUUUUAUCCUGCUGCCCAGCACGUGUCCUUGAACAAUCACAAUCAAGGGCGGAUCUAGCAGAGGGCCGAGAGGGGCGCAGCCACCCCUUUUUUCUUUGAAAUUUUGUAUUAUUUUUAUAGAAUUCUCAGGAAAGUAAAAAGUAUCUAUAUAGUGAUCAAGUGUCCCGACCACCCCUAUCAUAAUUUUCUGGAUCCGCCUUGACAAUGUAGUGUGUAGUGAAGUAUAAAUUUUAAAAAGAACAAGGUGAAGGCCAAAAUUCAGCUGGUUAAAGCAAAUUGGUGGUGAGAUAUAAGCAUCUCUAUGCUCGGAUGCCUCUAUACUUAUCCUCUUAAAAUUUUCCUGGAUUUUAGAAGUAUUUGUAUGGAGUCAUCCGGGGAAAAUUUGCUUAUAUGUAACCGCCAAAUUUACUCUAACCAGAACAAAAAAAGGUUUUAGGCUCUUGUUCUGAAAAGGAGUUGACUCAGUGUACGGUAGAUUCUUGUAACUGUGUGUUUGACUAGAAGGUACCUUUUGGGUCUCAUGAAUUACUGAAGUCUGACAGACCACCCAAGCGUUUAAUUUAAGUUCAAUGCUGUGUUAAGCAUAAUUAGUAUGAGUGUUUUUUCUGAUCAUUGCUUUAGACCUAAUAAAACUCGAACUACAAGUUUUUCUUAUCUUUCAUCUGCAUUGUAGAUCUGUUUAUUCUUACAGUAAUUGUUAGUGUGGUUUCUGUUUUCCUAAGAAAACCAGAGUAAAUUGUAAACUUAAUGUUUAUUAAAUUUUAAAGUCUUUGCAUUUUUCCCCGAAACUAAAUAUUUAUUACUUUCUAACUAUUUUUGAAAGGAAACAUUUACCUUUUUCACUACUGCGCUCAUUCAUGGUAACUAAACUUUUUUUCUCUUUGUUCUUUCAGAGACAUGUGUAUUUGCUUAUUUAGGAAUGGCAAUUUUUAGCUUCAAACAUCAGUUUAGACCAGCAUUUGUUAUAUGGACUAUAGUAAGUACCUUUCCUGGUGCAAAUCAAAUUAGACUACAAAACAGUCGGUUUUUUCCUCAAAAUCAGUAAAGAAAUCGGUAACGCGUGGCGUAAGAGUCUUAUGCGCGCGAAUCGCGCGAGCACGGGCAUGCGUCUCUCCCCAGUCUCGCUCUCUGUUUUCAGCCUCGUUCCACACUAAGUUCCACACCUUUUGUUUGACUGCUCGCGCGUACUUGAAUCCGCAAAAAUACGGACUGUUUUGCAGUCUGGAAAGGACCCCUUCUUCCCCCCUACACCCUCCACCCUCUUCCUUGGGGUUUGUACGAGUCAUGUAACACCUUAGCCCGCGAGCGGUCAUUCUUCUUUCCUCAAAGCCACGUGCAGUGAGAGAAAAAUAAUCUCUCCCGCUUGCUUUCGGUAUCUGGUCACCUCACCACCAAACCAUCUCGCCCUCCCACGAAAGCGCCACGAAGUAUAGAAUUUAGUUUAGCAUUGUUUUCGUUACUUUAUUUUCAUAUUUCAAAGAAAUGUCGACUAGUGGUUGUGAAACGUUUCUCCCAGUUUUUUAAUCUCUCAAAUGUCAAAGUUUACAUUCACAGAACCUAUACAUGUAUUACUAGUAUUUGCAUUAUCAAGAGCAUAAGACGUUCGACGCAAGGAUCCUCAAUUAGGAUCGACAGAUUUGUAUGUGGGUCGACUUUAAAUUAGAAUAAGCUUGACGAAAAUCUUAAGUAACCCUAAUCCUAAUCCUCCAUGGAGGGAUCUUUUCUUCAUUGAUGUAAACAGCUGUAGCAAUCUCUCAUUAGCACCUAUAGUUUCUGUUAGGUUUCCUCGCUACUUCUUUUUUCUUCUUAUCCUAUAUUAUUUGUAAUUUCUAUUAUUGUGUGGCAAAUUAAUAAAAAAUAAAUAAAUAAACAAAAUACAUUCUGGAAGUAUUGACAUCAGCAAUUUGGAAGUGUAUAUUGAACGCAUACUGGCCUUCUGCGUUGGUAGCUUAUUAAUAAUUUUCUUAAAAAUGUAAAUGUUUGCUGAUUUCUUUCUCUCUUUUUUGUAGAUUUUGUGCUUACUUGGAAGAGCAGUAAACAUAUAUCCAUUAUCUUCACUUGUAAACCAAUUUAGAGAUGUCAAGAUUUCUAGAAAGACACAGUUUAUCAUGUGGUUUAGUGGUAAGUUUUUUUUACAUUUCAUUGUGGAAGGAAAUCUUUUUUGGGGAGCAGUGUAGAGCUCCUUUAUGGUCGACUCGCCCGAAACCAGAGUUAUUUCGCCCGAAAUUUUUAGUCAAGACGGCCAAAUGCUGACUUAUUUCGCGCGAAAAAUUAUGAUGCUCAACAACGUCCCAACAUGCUUGUUACACAUUUAUCGUUCUUGUUUCGUCUCAUUGAAGUUUAAUGAACGAGAUAUAUUUUACAUUUUAAUUGGCCAUUUCGGAGUUGCGCAGGGAACUGAGGCGGGUUUCAAACUAAAACUAAUCGAUAAAUUGACACCACCAUAUAAAAGGUCAUGUUGAGAUUGGUCAUUUGACCAGGUUUGGUGAUCUAAGGUUGAACAGGGAUCAAGUUAUGACUCUUGAAACAUGGUUAAAGUUCCAUACAAAUGUCUGUAUUUUGUGACAGCGUCCCCCAAAACCAUAUAAACUUUUAAUUUUUUUAACGAUUUCUGUGAUAUUCUUGAAAAUGGGCAAACAUAGUGAUUUUCUAAUUAAUUCCUGCCAAGUAGUAGAUGCAUGACGAAUUUUACAGUUUAACAAAAAAAGUGAAAAAUAUUUUAAAUAGUUUAUAAGGUUUGGGGGACGCUGACACAAAAUUACAAACGUUACUAUGGAUCUUUAACACGUUUCAAGAGUCAUAACUUGAUCCCUCUUCAACUUUAGAGCACCAAACGUGGUCAAAUAACCAAUCUCAACAUGACCUUUAUAUGGUGGUGUCAGUUUAUCGAUUAGUUCAAAUUUGAAACUCGCCCCAGUUUCCUACGCAACUCCCAAAUGGCCAAUAUCCCGCUUGUUUCGUCUCAUCAUUGUUUGAAGAACGAGAUAUAUCACACACACUCUUUACUUAAAUUUAUUUCUCUGUGUAGUACACCAGAUACAAAUUUCCGGCGACAUAACUCAGCAUUCGAGUGAGAUAACUUUUGGGCGACUUGACUGGUCUCUUUGGCAUUAACCAGGCUUCAGGUGGUAUUAAAACAAUCCAGGAGAAUCUAAGAUAAUCGUUAUUGAAUAAGUACAAGAAAACAAUUUGUGCUUUUUCGCGUGCGCUGUUGAGCGAUUACCCCGAUACCGGCAGCCUAAAUUUCAUGGACAUCGCGAGGAGCUCUCAGAGUGCUAGUGUUAUUGGCGAACGUUUGUCGAACCAAGAUCGAAGGAGAAGGAUAAUUUUCCCUACAAAUGCCUACGGCAAACGGCCUCGACGGAUAACACCCCCUCUGUCUCCAUAAUUCUUCAGAUCAUUCUCAGCCUUAGGCCUAGGCCAAACGUCGAACUUUUCAUGAGACCAACUAAACUCUAAUUUAAGUUUCCUAAAUUAAGUGUUGAUCGUCUGUUGGGUCAGACGUGGUAUUUAGGACGUGUCGAACCAAUCAACUGGAUCAGAACAAAAAGCAAAUUCAAGAAAGUGUCUCCCGAACGAGGCUUAAUAGCCAUUAUCAUAAAAAUUUUAAGUUUAUCAGUUUAGUUUGUCGUAUUUGAAGAUCGACGUUAGUCCCGGAGACGAUUUCCAGACGUUGUAUCCAGACGUUUAGAACGUGUUGGACGACCCAAUUUCAUUUAGGCGAACUUAACUGAUCAAGACGUCAACUUUUCAUGACCUUAACUGUCUUAGUUUGGUUCGUCUCAUGAAAACUUCGACGUUUGGCCAAGGCCACAGGUCACCUCCGCACGAAGCCGGAUGUUUUUGAAACCACAUACUUUUUUUUUUACAAGAAUCGGCCUUCCUCCCACACGAAAAAAGUUGAAUCCGGUUCCCGAAACCGCUUUGUUUUGAAACCGCUCUCCAGAGUGGUUUAUACCCCGUCCACACGAAUCUGAAUAAUACAUAUGCGGUUUUGAAAAUUUCCGGAUUCGUGUGAACUUGGCCUUGUUCAGUAAUUGCUUAAAAACAGGGCUGCUCAUGGUCAAUCAGAUUAGAGAAUUUUGUUUUAGUAAUGAAUGGACAUUAGUAAUGGACAUUUUUAGAACCAGAAUACACCUGAUAUUAAAGCAGCUGUGUCACGAAAUUGAUUAAAAUUCAAACAGUGGGCUGGGUAACUGCCCACCUACUCCUCCCCUAAGUCAACAUUAACACUUACUUCUCACUUAGGGCAAAAUUAUGACUUAGGGGAGGGGAAGGUGGUCGGUUACCCAGAAAUAACUGCUCAAAACGUCAAAAGAAGGUAUUACUAACACAGAAAAAUACAAAAGGUGAAACGGAUUGCAGUUGUGGUUUUUGACAACUUGUUAGCCUAAGAGUUUUUCAAAGUUUAUUUUUGCUGAUUGUAACGUACGAUAUAAUCCUGGUGAGGCAUGUUUAUUUGACAGUAAGCUCGAUUUUGUCAUUCACAAGUAUUUUUUUUUAAGUUUCAUAACGAAUGAUGACCAAGGCUGCUGCCUAACGGGCGCCCGGUCGCCAGAGGCGCCCAAGGUAAGAGCAUGGGCGACCAAAUUUCGGUACAAGGAGCCCGCGCGGGCGCCUGACUUAACACACGGCAUUAGACUUAACCUCCUUGUACAUUAUAUUCCUUUAGCUGGAGUAGGACUUUAAACAGUGGAACUGUUGAUAUGGUUAGCGAUGAUGCGAUUAGGCAGUAUAAAAUUUCCACAAAUAAACCGUAAAUUAUGUAAACCUAACGUGUUCAACUGUGAAGCUUUGUCGAAACGAACGAAGCCAUCGUUUCCGAGUCCGGAUGGCAGUUGAAGACUGGGUCUGAGAUUUGACUUCCAAAUAUGGAAUAGCAAAAUUAUGGGCUGUUUGUUGCCUAUGUUGACAUUCGUGCAGUUCAUCGUUUGCUUGGGUUUUCGUCGAUUUGAUAACUUUUUUGUGGCGAGAAUGGGAAGCUAUCUUGCGUGCUAUCGACUGGACGUGCUUGAUGUUCGAUUUCAUGUACCAGUUUGCAACGUAUCAGCAUUUUCAAGAGACUUUAAAAAACAACACGCCAGAGAACGCAGUAUGAUAUUUCAUAUUUGUAAUGUGAUGUCUUUACCUUGAAUAAAGAAAUUAAAGUAAUGAUCAACUUUGUGUUGGUUGUAUUUCUGCCUUGCUGCACGUGCAUGACGUGGCAUGACAUGGCAGGAAAUAAUCACAUUCACGGACAAAGAAACUUGCAUGCAUGCAUGUAGUUAUUCAGAUACAGCCAUUUCGGAGAAAACCAAAAAAACUAAAAUCUUUAUUCAGCCGUAAUAAACAGAGGUCAAAGGAUAUAAAACACUUUACAACUGCAUCUGAAAUCAAAGCCUAUCAGGGACACCUACCGAAGCAUAAACCACAGGAAAUGAUUACUCAGUAUGCAUGUAACAAACCUGCUUCAUGACCUCUAAAUAUAAGAUUUAUAGUGCGGCAAAAACAAGAUUUACUCAGUCAAAGUUUAGAAUGCUACACCUCUUGCACUGUGUAGUGCUAGUAACCUUCGCGCGAGAGAAAAAAGCAAGAGAACCACUGUUCAAGCAGACUCUCAAGGUCACGUUUCACAUUAUCACGAGCUUAUGAGUCGUGUUUGGCCUGUCAACGCUUAUUUCUUACCGCAAAUUAAGCCCCUCAAAUAUUUUUCCGGCUCAUGAAUGUGUAUAAGAAAGGUAAGAAGCAGUUUAAUUGUUACAUUUUAGAAAAUUCUUUGAAGGCUCUUCUAGGUCACAUUGAACACAACAGAUGUGGAAGUUAAUUGAAUAAAUUAAUAAAUGAAAGUAAAUAAUUCGGUUAAUUCUUGUUUACGUGUUAUUUAUUAGGCCCGGCGAAUUCUUAUUAAAGUGUGCAAGAACCUCUAUAACCUAUGUAAUGAUCUUGGAAAAACAAUACAUGGAUUUCAAACUGGGCUCCUAACAAUGUGGCUCGGGCUCCUAACUUUAAACUUUAGGAGCCCGAAGGGCUCCCUAAAAUUUUUCUUAGGCAGCAGCCUUGAUGACUCACAACUAGCGUUUUAAACAAAGUGAACUAGCCAUCCACAGGGAUGUCACGUAAUAUAUCAAGUACUAGACGCAGUGCUUCAUCUGUGAAAAGAAAGUUGAAAAUAAGACGCGCAGCGGAGUAUUUUUGACGCACUUCGAGGUGUUUCAUCUGGUUAUGAAACACUGUGUCGAAUGUUUGAUGUUACUUCUCAAACAAAAUGAUUUUAGAAAAUAAAUUUAGGAUGCCAAAAUGAGCAGUUUUUCAUCUGAUAUCCAAACACUCAUUAAACAUCAAUUUCCUUUGUAUUUUCUUUAUGAAUUAUUGAUGAGCGUGAGAAUAAGAUUACAAGUUGCCGCGUAAAUACAAAAAGUAGGCGGAGAAUCAAACACCUAGGAGUUUCUUUUGGCUCUAUUUCUCCUAUAUUUUCCAAUGAAAGUAGCCGGGGCCACAUUUAUAGUAGCCAGGGAAAAAACCCCUGGCCCACAGCCUUGUCAUCCUUGAAACAGCCCCUUUUAAGUGUUGUCUGUUUGUUUGUUUGUCUUCUCAGGGUUACGUGGUGCCGUGGCCUUCGCCCUUGUACUUCAUCUUCAACUGGAUGACGAAAAGCGACAUGUUCUUAUCACAUCUACGCUCAUUAUAAUCAUGUUCACAAUUCUCUGUUUAGGUGGAUCAACUCUUCCCUUGUUGAAGGUGACUUGCGCUUCUUGACGUUGCACCGAUGUACACCUUUUUCAAAUUUUUAUUGUCCUCACUGAACUUAACAACGGCGGUAAUGUUUGUAUAUCAGAACUAUAAAAUGCACUUUCAUGUAAUUGUCUGUCUAUACGUGCUAUGUGAAUAUUUAUCGUCUUGCAAAAGUGCUUAAUGAAUGUGUAAAGACGAAAUUGAAUGUCGAUUCAACAAAAUUAAUCAAUGAGUUUUCACGGAAAUGAAACUGAUAACUGCGUUAUUGAAAGUUUUUUUUUUCUGGUAAUGACUAGCAAAUAGUGUAGACUUACGAGCGUGAAAAUCGGCUUACUCUAAAACUUUGUCUCAAAAGAUUUUGGUGGUGGGAUCGAUAUUCCCCUGAAUUCUCAUAUUUAUCAUUUAAUUUUCCUGACCAAAACGGUUGAUUUUCAAGCAAAAACUCAAGGAAAAGUGCGCUAGAUUGGAUUUCUACGACUCCCAAGCUCUCAGACAAAGCUGUAAAUAAGAUUGAAUCUCGGAAAACCCUAGCCUCGUUCCCAGUCGUCCUCGGCGAUUUCAGAUGUGACGUCACCUGUUAAGCUUGUCGGGAAACUCGCGCUUUGUUCCUAGCCUCCUCUGGUCACUCGGAUUGCGCGAACUGGCCUGGGUACGAGGCUGGGAAAACCGAAAUGUGAGCAAUGUAAGGGUCUAGGGGUUUGCGAUGACGGAACCGCCAGAAAUCUUAAAUAUGAAAAUUGUUAUACAAGUUAAGCGAAGGAGACACUCAAGUUUAGGGAGUAUAUAGAUAUUAGGCUGGCUCCAGUUGUUCAAAAGCUGGAUAGCGCUAUCCACCGGAUAAAUCACUAUCCAACGGGAAAGUAUUAGGAAAACCAAUCGCGCUAUCCAGUGAAUAGAGAUUUAUCCCGUGGAUAGCGUUAUCCACCUUUUGAACAACCGGGGCCUGAUCGUUAAGCCUGAUUCGGGAAUAGUGAUCUAAGAUCUCGGUAUUUGUUUUAGUGCGCUCUUGCUUUGAAGUCGCUGCUUGGAAAUUUGAAAAAUUGCAAAAUAGCUUUCGCUAUUUGCGAGCGGAGAUGGCAAAAUGAUGAGUAUGAAAAUAAAGUAUAGUGUGUGAGAGAGUCUUGAACCAUCUUUUCCCUGUUUUGAAAUGGUGCAACUCGCUUAUGUGGCGGUUAUUUCUGAGGGCACCCACUUCACUCUGCCUCUUUCUUUGUGUCUCUAAUGGCUGAAGUUUGCGAAUGUUAUGUCUUUUGCAGUUACUUAAAGCAGAACAAGGAAUGGAGAAAGGCUUAACACUUAGUAAAACACAAACUGAGGUAUGUUUCUAAAACAGUCAAUUAUGUCUCCAGUAACAUGGGAAAGGGCAUCAUUUACUUUUUUGCGUUUGGAAGUCAGAGAGUUUUGGUUUGCAGGGAAUAGGGAAUUUGUUAUGCUUAGAUUUUUGGAUUUCCGUACUUAAAAACAUUGCCCUGGUUGAUUUUCACUCCGCAGGGUAAAGCGGUAGAUGCAGACCAACUGACUGACGAUGAGUGGAGGAUAAGCAGUAGGAAGGCUCUUAAGGGAUUCACACGGCUUGACGCUAGAUAUUUUAUUCCAUUCUUUACAAGGAAGUUCACCAGACAGGUACGUAAAAAUAAUGUUAUCAGUUUCGAACCCAGGCCUUAUAGCCGUGUGCUUGGUACAGCGAUGUCAGUUCUAUGAUCAUCGGUUUAUCAAUAAUUGGUUGCUCUUACUCAAAAACCAGUUUGACGAAAGAAAACGAGAUUGACCAGUUCAGAAGUUUGGGCUGCGGCGACGUCAGUUGUUUGGCGCGAUUCAAGCAGAGCCUCCUUUUCUCCUCCUCGAUCAGGGAAACUGCCCACCCACCCACCCCACCCCUAACCCAUGUUUCUCACUGACUUGUGACUAAACCUGGUUAGGGAUGGGGUGGGUGGGCAAUUUCCCAGAAACCUAAUCUGAUACAAGGAGGCUCUACUCGCAGGGUGAAACAGCACCAGUGUGCAAUAGUUUGUUUGUUUGUGUUUUUUGCAAUUCUGUCACAAAAAAUGGCGAGGUAAGUUGCAAGAAAACGUCUAUCGCAACAUCGCCAUCGCAAGCCUUUUAACUCCUUUGUUCAUUCUGCAGGAGGUACGUAAUGCGCAUGAGGAGAUGCAGAGACUUACCAGUCAGUUAUAUAGUGAAGUACACAGUGACCUUGCAUCAGACGAUGAUGAAGCAGAAAGCAAACUUUGAGUCGCUUUCUUCGUAAUUAAGUUAGAGUAAAAGAGAAUAAUUGGACAGAGAGGGAAUCUUAAGGCGUUGGCCGAGAUAUGUGAAUUUCACUGAAGUUAGUUUUGGAGGUUGAAACUAAACGGAAGGCUAAUUCCUGAGACGUCCGCAUGUAUUAAUCGAUUAUUUGAAACGUCAUCAAGUUUACGCGCGACUGCCUCGAAGCAAACACUGCAGAAUAUUGUAAUGGCGACUGUUGAAUUUUCUCUUCAACACAAUGAAUAAAAGUUUGCGGACCUCUCUGGAAACCAGCUUCCGAUGAAUUGAAAUCGUUUAAUUGGUCUAAAAAUAACUUUGGUGAAAUUCACAUGUCCUAAGAACGAGACUGGGCAUUUCCAUCUCUGUUCCAUUAUUCUCUCUUGGUUAAGGAGCUUUUUAAAUACGUUUCUUAAAGGAAUAGUGGGGAAAAUUUGAUAAAAUUAGAGAAUUUAUCCUGGCUGAUCAUAUCCUUAUUUCUCAUGACCUCGCUGAUUGUUUAAGCAUUGACGCUAUGAGGAGAAAUGAAGAAAUAAUCACUAUUGGGGCUUACAGGGUUAGGUCAAUUUUUUGUCCAGCAGGGGUAGUAGAAACGUUCUUGGUAAAUCUCAAUUAUAAUAAAUAUUAAGGAACGCGUCAAACUCUUUACUCAAUUAUCACUUACGUUCGGCUUCUGUGAAGUACGGCGUUUGAACCAGUUACGUUCAGCUGAUUGGUUCGGCUUAGCCUACCCUGCAAGCAGGGGCCCUUCGAUCUUCCUAGUUACAGUCAAACUUCUUUAAUACGGACACCAAAGGGACAGAACCAAGUGUCCGCUUUACAGAGGUGUCCGUAUUAUAGUGGUAGGGAAUGUAUGAUUUUUGGCAUUUCUGGGACCAAACGAACUGUCCCUAAUAGAGAGGUGUCCGUAUUAUAGAGGUGUCUGUAAGGAGAGGUUAGACUGUAUGUAUAUCCAGGAAGAUCGAAGGGCCGCACUUCAGAUAAGACGAACUCUACUGAAUUUGUCUUCCAAAGCCAAUUAGAACUUUUUUAAAGUUUGGCUUAAUUAAAUUCGACUGUUUGACACAACGUCAGAACUUAACUAGGUCGACCCAAAAUGUUAUCAAGUUCGGCUCAUGUGAAGCACGGCGUCUGACCAGGGUCUCAUUAUCAAUAGCCCGUGAAGGGUGAAACCAAAAAUUAGUUAUGAUUGAGGAAGACUAAACUGUCUAAAACGGUAACAAAUUAGACGUUAUUUAAAACUGCCACAGUGUAUAAACUUGCCGCAGUUAGUGUAAGAUAGUAUAAAUACGUUUAUCUGUUUGUGUAAUGUAGCUGUGUGUUUGCUUUGGUAAUGCGUGACUAUGCCAUGAUUGGCUUUAAAAAUCUCUUGCUAUUUUUUAACCAAUCAGAAGUUUAGUAGAAUCAGUAGGUUUUUCCCAUGCUUUUUGAGUCUUUCAUUUACAAAUGACCGGGUGGGGUGGGGGUUAUUUAUUUAUUUUUUUCGGUAGCCCUUCAAAGGUAAGAGUGAAGUCAGAGGGUAGACUGUGAGUUUUUUUUGCUCACUUAAGGGCGGCGAGGCGGGUGGGGUAUAGAAACUGUUUUGAGGCUCAGGAAAUUAGCCUCCCCGAGACGUUCUUGUGGCCCUUCACGCAAUCCUCCCGAACGCGUGACAAACCGCUAAGAAUGCCUGCGUGGGAGGCUAGGACAAAACGCGCGUGAAAUUUUUCCCCUAUUAAUAUCAUGGGUGAACAAAUAACGCUCAAAAUCGUGUUUUUACUUGUUUAUCGUAUCCAGAACUCCACGCACUGAAAAGUUUGGGGCGUAAAUUUUGGCAUAAGUUUUAUUUUUCGACAAAGUACCUGUUAGAAUCCUUCUAGAUGUGCUCUUUCCGCGUGUUAAGGUUUCUUAAAUCGUCUUUUAAUGUCCUGACAUCUUCAUUUAUAACACUUUAAAACUUCGACGCCCUCUUUGCACGGAGACGUACGGAAUGUUGCCAUGGCAAUUUUGUAAUUUCACAUGUGAAUUUAUAAGUCAACGCUGAAAUUUCGCGCUAAAUUUUAGGGUAAUUUGUCACCCAUGAUAUUAUAAAUAAAAUCCCUGUAUGCCUGCUGUCUUUACCGGUGGUAAUUGGCAUUAGAAGUUACUUUUUGGACACCCUUGUGAAUACUGAUUUAUUAUUUAUAUUGUUUACAUGUUUAUGGUACUUUUUUAUUUUUAUUGGGCGUAAACUCACAACUUACUUGUAUAAAUGUACAGUUCACAAUAUACUUUGAACUUUUGAAACUCUCGAUAACAAGACGAAAAGCUUAAUUGUUAACGGUUUACUUUGAGAAUAAUAUGAAUUUACAUAUCCUUGGUAUUACCUAAAUUAAAUUUAUUUAUCUGAGAAUUUAAGUAUCAGAUCUUCCUUCGGGGCCAGGGGGAAGAUAAUUUUAAAGGAAUUAACCUUUUCAUCCAGGCGUUCGGAUAGUAGAGUGCGGCGCGAAGUAAGAGAGCGAGAAAAAAUAAGGAGGAAGAGGAGCAGAGGAGGGAACCCUGGAGGGUUCCCCCGCUCUCACCUCGCUGUUUUUUUUUUCUGGUCACAUCUCUUAGGGCCGUCCCCUUGGUCUUAACGUCUGGAACAGGCUAUAAAGGAAGAAGCAUUGAAGGGGGAGGGGGUGGGGAGUUGAGCGGAGAGAGAGAGAAAGAGGGAAGAAGUUUCUCUCCCCCUGCUUCUCCCGAUCUCUUUCCCUUUCUCCAAG